UAUGAAUAUUGUAAUUUUCAAUCACCAAUGUUUGCAUUUUUGCAGGAGAAUGGGUCGCCUGCAACCGAAGACUCUAAAGCUGAUGGCGUUGAAGUCAAGACUGAAACCGUAGAAUCCAAAACAUCAGAGCCCAAGGCCAAGAAGGCCAAAAAAUCCACCUCAAUCAAUGGCAAGCUAAAAAAGAGAACAGCUUCGGAUCCAGAAAGGAAGUCUUCUCGAGUUCCUCCAAAAAGAGAGGUCUUCGAGUCGGAGGUCAGCGAACCAAAGAAAAGGAAGAAGUCAAAGCCUUCGAAGGAGUAUGAGGUUGAGAAGCUGAUAAAAUCAAGAGUGUUCAAGGGUAAAACCGAGUAUCUUGUGAGAUGGAAAGGUUACAGCCCAAGAAGUGAUUCUUGGGAACCCGCCAAAAAUCUGUCCUGCGACGCUCUCAUUGAAAAGCUUUCCGACGAACCUGCUCCAAAAAAGAAGAAGACUUCGAUCAAGCCCAAGAAGUCUCCCAAGAAGAAGAAGAAGGAGGUUGUGGCCAAGAAGGCCAAGUAAAAAAUGAGUAAAAAUACCAUGGAAAAUGAGAGCAACUUGAAGAUGUGAUUGAACGAAGUUUGAUUGCGCACAGUUUUUAUAAUUUCUUUCAUUUUGACUAUUUGACAAGUUGUUCGUUCAUUUGUAUCAAGUGACGAUAAUUAUUAUAAUUACAAUUUCUAGUUAUAAUAUUUAGUUUAGUAGGUGACUAUAAUAAUUAUUGUAACGUGCUCCUUCCACAUGUUGAUGAUUUCAUUCUAUAUAAUAUGUUGGAUUAUGUAUGACUAGAUGUUGACAAAGCUGUGUGCAUUAGUAUCAUGUGAGCUACUAAAUAAAAUUAUCCCCAGGUGGAUAUCAUCAAAAUUUAAUUUUCGGUUGAUCGGAUGGAAAUUUCCAAUGUAUUUGAUAUUGGAAUUGAUGCAAGAAAGAGGUCUAUAUAAUAUUAUAUACUUUAUUGUUACCUAUGUGAUGUAUCCUUUGAUUUGCAUAUUCAUCUUAACUACAAUAUUGGAAGUAUGAUAUUUUUUAAGAUGACGACUAUUCAAAUUGAUGAAAUUUUUAUUCAUUGCGGUACAGGGUACAUAUAAAACUAUGUACUAUAUUAACUAUAUUAAUUUUAUUCUAUGUAACAGUAAAAAGUCCAAGUAUCUUCAUCUCUUAUAUUUACAUUUGAUUCAGUUAACAAUUUUAUACUUCUUUACGAUGGAUAUUCUAUAUUUAGUUUUUUAGAAUUCGGAUUUUCCUGGCUUUUCUUGUUUUGAUAGUUAUUCACGUCAUGUAGAUGAUAGUUUUCCAAUAAAUAAGAACUUGAGGUUUUUGUAAUUGUUACAUGAAAAUGUCCAACAUAUUCUAGCUUUUAUUUGAAAUCUUGUUCAAAAGAAAUGUUGAAUUCGAUUAUUCAAAUUAGAAAUUCCAUUGGUAUUUUUGUUUAGAACUGACUUCUCACUUUCAUGUUGAAAUAUGAUGUUGAAAUAUGAAUUUCUGGUAUGCAUUGCUCCAUUAAUAUUUGUUUUAUUAUUGACUGGAAAUGUUUAAAAGCUUAAUUUGUUGAAUGCAACGGUGUUCUGUCAACAUCAAAGUGUCCACUCCUAUUUGCACCGUUGCAGCUACCGGUACUGAAAUCCUGUAGAUCUCUGUAAAAUUUAAUUUCUUCAACUCUUGUAGAAUUUAACUCAAUAGAAAAUUGAAUUUUACGUAAACCUCGAGUACGAAACAUAAUUCAGUACAAACUAAGACACCUCAAUUGCUCUACUCAAAGUUCUGUUCCAUCCUUUAUCAUAUAAUAUUAAUUAUGCGUGCAAUCAUCCCAGUUUAAUACUUAUAAACACGUUUUCCAAAUGUAUCAAGAUAUUGUGUGUUAUUUGUAAAAUUAUUAUUUGAGAUUCAAGAUUUAGUAAUAAAUGUACGCAUUUGCAUAAAUGUAAAAAA